AUGCUGCCGCCAAAUCCCAUGAUUCCAACAUCGAACGCUCUUCAGAACGCUUACCAGCCCCCUGCUCUCGGCCAAGCUGGUGCUCCAGUUAUACAGCCAUUCACAUUGCCACCAACCCAAAGCCCGACGCCUAUGUUUCCUGGUUUGAUUGCCCCUCAACUGACCGUACAAGUGCAGCCAGGCAUUCCUCCUUCUGGUGGCGGUACCUCUCUUCGAAAUGUUCCAAAUCCGGCUGCACCCCAGCUGGGUCCCAUCCAGCAGCUCCCACCUGGUCUCCAUUUCCCGCAAGGGCAGAUGCCUCAAGUGCCAGCAAGGCAUUUUGCAGGCGUUUCGCAGCCUCCAACGCCACCUCCUGUUGUUCUGCCAGGACAGACUGCUCUAGCUGGACAAGUUCCGCCUGCCCAGGGCGCAGCGCUCGGCCUUCCUGCGCCUGCCGUGUCUCCUCCUCCUCCUUCACCUCCGCGCGUUGAGAUCAUUAAUGGGCAAGCAGCAAACUCUUCACUGGAACAGUUGGGAUGCGGUUUUGACUGGCUGACGAACACCUGCAAGGAUGUGUUUGGAAUCGGAUGGUGUGGGCAAUGUCACGACUUCGGCAAUAUUUUCGUGCACGACUGCAAAUGCGUACGACCACUGAUUGUCUUGCCACCUCGACAACCUCCUCGGUCACCGCAAAUGCUGUUCAGCAUGAUCUAA